ACCCCUCCCGGAAGCGCCGGCGGAGCGUCCCCACAUGGAGCGCGAGCCGAGCGCCUCCGAGGCGGCCCCCGCGGCCGCCGCGCUCCUCGCCUGGGGUGCAAAUAGCUACGGGCAACUUGGCCUUGGCCAUAAGGAAGAUGUACUUUUGCCCCAGCAACUGGAUGACUUCUGUAAACCUGAGUGUAUCAGGAGGAUCACGGGAGGAGGGGGCCACUCUGCUGUUGUCACAGAUGGAGGAAGCCUUUUUGUUUGUGGCUUGAACAAAGAUGGGCAACUGGGACUUGGUCACACAGAGGAUGUUCUGUGUUUUACCUCCUGCAGAUCCCUCCUUGGCUGUCCUAUCCAACAGGUAGCCUGUGGCUGGGAUUUUACCAUUAUUCUCACAGAAAGUGGUCAAGUUCUGUCAUGUGGAUCCAAUUCCUUUGGCCAGUUAGGAGUUCCUCAAGGCCCUCGAAGAUGUGUGGUUCCCCAGGCCAUUGAGCUCCUGAGAGAGAGGGUUGUUUGCGUUGCUGCUGGACUGAGGCAUGCUUUGGCUGCGACAGCAAGUGGCACUGUGUUCCAGUGGGGGACUGGUUUGGCAUCAUCUGGACGGCGGUUGUGCCCUGGGCAGACUCUCCCACCAUUUUUGACAGCAAAGGAACCAAGCAGAGUGACAGGCCUGGAGAAUUCUAAAACAGUCUGUGUUCUUGCUGGCUCAGAUCAUUCCGCUUCAUUGACAGAUGCAGGAGAGCUGUAUGUUUGGGGAAGCAACAAGCAUGGACAACUGGCUUCCUUGGCUGCUUUCCUUCCUAAGCCCCAGAAAAUAGAAGCACAUUGUUUUCAGAAUGAAAAGGUCACUUCUGUCUGGAGUGGGUGGACACACCUGGUUGCUCAGACAGAAACUGGCAAGGUGUUUACCUGGGGCCGAGCAGACUAUGGUCAACUAGGGCGGCAGUUGGAGUCUCAUGAAGACUGGAAAGCACGAAAUCAGGAUUCAUCCUUCCCCUGCUCAGGACCUCAGAAGAGCAUGCCUUCCUCUCUGCAUUGCUUAACAGGAGCAGCUGAGGUCUCUUGUGGCUCUGAGCAUAAUCUGGCAGUGAUUGGAGGGACGUGUUACUCUUGGGGCUGGAACGAGCACGGCAUGUGUGGGGAUGGCUCCAAGGCCAACGUCUGGGCCCCGAAGCCCGUAGAGGCUCUGCGGUCGUCACGGGGACUCCUCGUGGGCUGUGGGGCUGGCCACUCCCUGGCCCUCUGCCAGCCGCCAGCCCGCCCUGAGUUGGACCAGCGCCCCACGGCCACCAGCUCUUCCCCAGAUGCCACUGAGGACACUGAAUCUCAGGAAGCCGUGGACAAAGAGAGAAAGUGGAAGGAAAGACAACCAGAAACUUCUACCCAAAGCCAAUCUGGCAGGUCCAGAAAUGGGGGGCUUGUAACAGAGGCCGUUUAAUAAAGUGACU